AGUGACAAGGCAGUAGGCGCGGAUCGCGGAUCCACGGUGUGGAUGCGUUUGGACUUUUGAUACUUUUGGGCAUUGUUUUGGCACCUCAGCAGAUCGGUUCGUGUUGUUUCCGAAAGUCCGUGCCCGUGGGUGUUCGCUCGAUGACUUGAUUUGAAGUAUUUUAGUGCUGGACGAGCUGGUGCGGGCGCGCGGCAACUUUGAUUGAUUUGACGGCGAUCCUACGAGGCGAAAGAAAGAAACGAACGCGUCUCGAUGUCGCCGUAUCAGUGACUGAGGGGUAGGCAUCAUGUCCGACGGCGGAGGCAAGCGGUCGCUGCGCCUGAACUACCUGGACUGUCAGGCGCACUCCUCGACCAGCCAAGGGUCGGCCCCGCUCGUAGAUCCCAGCACGGUCCCGAAAAGCUCUCGCGAUCCUCACCGCGGCCUGUACCCGCGACCCAACCGGCGUACGAAAACCGAACCAGGCGGGAGCGGCUCUGCUUCCGAGGGACCAUCGCAGAUCCCCACUUUCCAAAAGGCCAGUUCGCUGCUGAAAAACAGCGGGCCCUCAGUCGGCUCGCACGAUGAUGUGCGACCCUUACCGCAGGACGAGCGACGUCCUGCUAAGAAGCCCGCCGCCACAACUCAGGCCAAUAAGAUCACGGGAUACUUCGAGGCGACCCGCAGAACCAAGAGGCCGCGUUCGCCGUCUCCGUAUCCUGCGUCUCCUUCCGCAGAGUGGGGUGCCGAGGAGAGCCAGCCCGCCUGCCUGUCAAAAGAUCGGCUGCAAUCUGUCCCAGAGCAUCCCGAGUGGCACUCGGACAGCAGCUCGGACUCAGUGAUGAUCACGGAUGUGUUUGGCCUGGUUCCACCACCAGUUGCGGCUGCUGGCCUGGAUGAAGAGGGAGACCCAUUUGAACGGUUGCCGAAUGAACUUCUGGAGCCCAUCUUUGCUCGUAUAAGCCUGCAAGACUUGCUGCUCAUCUGCAACCGCGUGUGCACCCGUUGGCGCGAUGUCAUCCAAAAUCCGCUUUUCCUUGCCAAUCGGAAACGCUACUACCGCUUCAAGUCUGGUCGAUGCAGUGACACCACGGAGGAGGUCCUCGCCCUUUGCAAAAAGCACUACAUGGACAAUAUGCAAACAUGUAUACCAAACCUCAUCAGGUACAUGAGUGGUUUCAAGGAAAGCACUACAGGCCUCCAAGAUGUGCUGGUCAGGCUCCCAAGCUAUGGAGUCAUCGUGGAGGUGCUCCAACUUAUGUCUCGUGACAACAUCUGGCCAGCAAAGGGAUGUAAGAGUUCCCGACAUUGGUGGAGCGCCGUGGCGGUCCUGGUGACGGUGGUGGCUGGGAGCGUUCAAAAUUUGCGUUCCCUCUUUCACCGGUCCAUAGACGAGACCGCGCUGAGCGAAGCACUCUAUUGCAUAGCCACCUUCCUGCUGCAUUUCCAGAGGGCAUACAGCCUCUGCCACGCGCUUCACUACCGCGUCUACUACGUGCUGCACGUAAUGGAGAGGCCAGGAAUGGCGACACUCAACAUAUCCAGCCGACCGGGCCAGCAGAGUCUCUGGAAGUUUCGGGAACAGGGGCAGCGUGUACGCUUCACCCACGAGCAGAUGCGCAUCAUCAAUCAUGAGCUGGCACCCACCGAUGUCGUGCGCAUCCUGGCGUUUGCUGGGACAGGCAAGACAUCUACGCUCGUGGAAUAUGCUAGGUUGAGGCCUGCAGCCAAAUUUCUCUGCAUCGUCUACAACAGGUCUGUGUGUGACAUUGCUAAGCGCACGUUCCCACCCAACGUGACCUGCAGCACAGCACAUUCUCUGGCAUUCCGGGCAGUUGGCUUCCAGUACAAGGCAAAGCUGUCGGCCAAGGUGCGGGUGCUGGACGUCUCCAAGCUGGUAUCGGUGCCAUCGUCGAUGCACAUGCCACGGCUGCGCUUUGCGAAGCUGGUGCUGAGCAGCGUGGACAACUUCCUGGCCUCGUCCGACCCGCAACUCACCGUGGCCCACGUGCCAGACCAUGCGGUUGCACUGGAGGAGGACGGCCGGCCCGUGCCCGUGCACCCCACUGACAAGCUGGCAGUGUGUGAGGCAGCUAGUCAACUCUGGACUCGAAUGAAGGACAGGAAUGACGUAGAGGCACGGAUGACACAUGACGGCUACCUCAAGCUGUUCCAGCUUCGACAGCCAUCACUGGGCUCCUUUGACGCCAUCUUUGUCGACGAGGCACAGGACUGCAACCCCGCCAUGCUUUCACUGGUGCUGAGCCAGCCAUGCGCUAAGCUGCUGGUCGGUGAUCCCCACCAGCAGAUCUAUGCUUUCCGGCGUGCCGUCGAUGCCCUCUCCUCUGUUCCAGCUACCCACACAUUCUGCCUCACACAGUCUUUCAGGUUCGGGCCUGAGAUAGGCUUCGUGGCCUCAUGCGCACUUGAGGUCCUCAAGGGCGUCACCGACAAGACCAUCGUGGGAACAGAGGCAUCUGGAUGGAUACAUGGCCCGCUCAGUGGACAAGUGGCAGUGCUCGCUCGCAGCAACCUGGUACUCUUCAACAUGGCUGUUGACAUUGUCUGCAACGAGGGCUUCGUACAGCUUGGCCUCAGCCAUGUCCGAGGUGCCUUUGUUGGGGGCAUUGCCAGCUACGGAUUCCAGCAGAUCCUGGACAUCUACUACCUCAAGUACCGGCCAGACGAGGCCUCAUCUAUGGUACGAGACCCAUUCGUCAAGCGCUUCGCAAGCUAUGCACAGCUGCACAGAUAUGCCAAGGCAGUCGAGGACAUUGACCUCUGCUCAAAGCUCACCUUUGUGGACGACCACUGCCACGAUGUGCCGCGGUACGUGCAGGCCCUCCAGCUGCGGUGCAGCGGGGACCAGCAGCUGGCCAAUGUGGUCUUCUCGACGGCGCACAAGGCCAAGGGGCUCGAGUUCGACACGGUAUUCAUGGCCGACGACUUCUACACGGGAGACAUCGGCCAGCCAGAUCAUGUAGCACGGACUCGAGAACGCCUGGAGGAGUACCACGUGCUGUACGUGGCAGUGACGCGUGCCCGGCGAAGCCUGCGCCUUUCCCGGGCUCUCUACUUUCUCCUGGUUCGUGCACAGGAAUGCUUUGAGCACCUUUGCCAGAAACCACAGGAAGAGACACUGAGCUGCUUGAUUUGCCACGAGACAUGGGUACCUCGAGGGCAGCUCGUUUGGUGUCGUAAAGCCCUCACUGUGGGCAACCGAAAUGUGGCUGGUGGCAUCCUCUGCAAGACCUGUGCUCUGCAGAUAACUUGGGAACCACCAGUUGAGCACCGGUUCCUUGGAUGGCAGCACAUGGAGCUGCACAAUGUUCAUCGACACAGCAUGGCAGCCAUCCUUGAAUGUGUUCUCUAGAGUGCUCUUUCUACAUUCCUGAGGUCCAGCUAUUGCAACACUGUCAACUGCUGCAUCUUGGAACAUUCUAGUUCAGUAAAUAAAUUGACCAGUUUAAUGGUUGUUACAAUGUUACAAACAGC